AUGUCUAAUGGAGACAUGGACGGAUACGAUUGGCUCCAGAGUUUCCUUCCAGCCGAUAGUCGACCCGACCACGAACCCAAUCCCAACAAUGAGGCCUACCAAGCACAUCCCGCAUUUCACGAUGCGGAGGAGGUGGCUAAAGUGGCCGUUAUGCAUCAACAGGCACUGAGGUCAUAUUCAUUUAUGAGGUCAAACAAUCCUGGGACGAAUGAAGCCUUGAACCCCUCUCAGGUGUACUCACAAGCUUUGGAUGGACAGUAUAGAGGAAACCAACACCAGGCAAACAGCAAUAUUCAAUUCAACAACCCCCCUUCUGGACCCUCUGCAUACACAACAGAUCGCUCUCACAACAUAAGCCAGCGGCCAGGCCCCUCCGUUCCGUCCCAACAUCACUUGACUACUCAGGUAUAUCAGGAUGCAUAUCGCUAUGGUCAAACUGGUAUGGAUUCCGCUGGCCCAUCACAAAGGCCUUUGGACUCUAUGCCAACCCCCCUAGAGACCGGUCACAACACUCACGGUGCCCAUGAACCUACAAGACCGACAACUCCUACACAGAGAACGAACCAACACAUGGCACGAGCUCUGCCCAUAUCACAAAACCAGUAUCAAGGCUACUCGGCAAUCCCGAAUAGUAAUUAUUCGGAAACGUUAGAACAAUCGUACAUGGGAGUAGGGAGGACGGCAGAAGUUCAAAGAACAUACACACCGGCUGCAUCACAAAGUCGUCCUUACGGCCAUUCUACGGCCCCUGCCCAGAAUAGCCAGCAACUAUCUGUUCCAAGUGCAGCGCAAAGAGAUUGGCCAGCGUCUUCAGACAAAAGGACCCAUGAACCGGUCGCGAGGCCCCAAACAUCGCAGAGCGCAUACCAAACUGGGGGUUCUACCCCAUUGGUCUCGCCAAAGGGUUACAAGACUUCUGCAGCACACAGCACACUUGACCCUCGCCAGUCAAUCACACCAACUACAACCACCCGAGAGGCCUCCGAUCCACAAAGACAGAAUCCGGUUACCAAUUUCGCCAGAUCAAAGCAAGUACCACCUAGGCCUUCAUCUCAGAAUUAUGAUCAUGUGCAGGCAGCUGUGCCAACUGCGCCUAAUAGGGUCCACAGCCCUGCAACAUCCCAGCCUGUUUCAAGCCGCAGCCCUUCUGUCUCUUUUGUCUCGUCCACUCCUGCAUCUUCGUCUGCCCCUCCGGCGCCCCCUGCACAGACAUCUACUGUUCCACGUCAUUUGGACAAUGCCUGGAGUCGGGAGCAAGGUGGGACUCAGGGUGAAGCAGCACCUACUUCAUUAUACCAGUCACCAAAUCAAAUAAGCCAGCAGCCUCCAAUCUCCCAAUCAAAUGAGCAGAGACCAGCAGUAUCCCCAGCCCCUGCGUCAUCCACUCCCCCCGCCAACUUUAACUCGGGGUCCUCCUAUAACUCUCCAUAUACCUCAGGACCUCGGCGAGGUACCUUCUCUCAGUCGGCCGGGGUACAACAGCCUACCGCGGGGAACCCGCAGUCGCGGGUUUAUCCACUGCCGGGACCACUGCCCCAUCAGCACAAGCGGUGGGUUCCAACCCAAGAGAAUUCGAGUGGCUAUAUGCCACCUGCAAAGAAGCCACGACUGGAUAAUGGUCAGGGCCCAAUGGCCACUAAAAAAUACAUGUCAGCAGGUAUCCCAGCAUCAGGGGCUAGAGUUUAUAUGGAAUAUGUUCGACGCCCUGGUAAAUUUCUCAAAAAUCGUGAUGACCUGGUCCAGCCGAUAAGACCGAACGAUGCAUUACCCAAGCACACUUAUGACCCCACUACGAUCGCGCGGGAUGUACUGAUAGCUGCGGGAAAACACCCAACGGAAAAAGGACUAAAUUAUCAUCUUGAACCACUACGCCGUAAUUUCACCAAAAUCGACUACCUUGCAGACCUUGCAACGUUUCGUUGGGACCUGGUGGAUGGCGAGCAGCCUGAGCCUCAAGUCGAUCACAUGCCUCCGGCUUCUGCGCCCCAAACACUACUUCGACCACCUCCUCAUCCUCAAUCACCACAGGCAGCCCAGCAAUCACUUUCACGUGACUCAAAUGUACCAACGCACGUGACUACACGUGAUCACGCUCCGGUCCCGUCGCGUCACACACCGCCAAAUCGCCAAGUCACAAUGCCAACAAGAAUCGACACGCGUGCACCUCUAGGUGGUUUAAGCGCUUGGGGCACUUUACCUUUUAAACCCCCAACUUAUCAUUCCCCUCAACCCAUUGUUUCUUCAAAAUCGCAUUCUCCACUUCCUAGGGCCGACCCUACACCUGAUUCCCCGCAGACUUCCUCCCAUCAAUCCGUGCCCUUCACGAUUUCUCCACCAUCACAACCCCAACCCCAACAGCGACGACAAUCCACCACGAAGAGUGCAGGUCCACCCAAACCCCCACGUGCCACAAAACAAUCAACACCUAAAUCUAUAGCAAAGCCUAAAACCCCAGAGAAGGCCAGAAGCCAAUCAGACUCUAGUCGGACAGUGAAAUCCCCAGAGGCAAAGCGGCUUCCCCAACCACAAGUCGUUAUCCCACCUUCACCACACAAGAUGCCCCAGAAGAAAAAGCCAGGGCGACCUCCCAAGGGUGCAGCGAGCCAUAUUGAAGUUGCCAUCCACCGUGAACAGCCUGUGGAUUAUCAAAUAUUCCCCUGCAAGUGGGAGGGAUGCGCUGCAGAACUCCACAACAUUGACUCAGUCCGAGCUCAUGUUAUUAAAGUUCACAUCCCGCACUCUCUUGUUUGCAAAUGGAAAUACUGUGAUAACAAGACGCCAAUGGCUGCAGCAGAUAUGUUUAAGCAUGUUUCAAGCGAGCACAUCUCUAAGAUGGCAUGGCAGCUUGGAGAUGGACCAAAGGUGCCAGUAACUGCGGAAAACAAAUCGAACUACCCUUCCGUUCUGGGUGAUCGAAGUGCUCGCAAAGGGACCAUGGUCUUGCCAGUGGAUGAGUGCCAGGUCAAGGCGUUCAGCAAGGUUCAUGGCAAAUUGUCAGAGAAAACAAAGGCUCAAGCAUUGCUCGAAGCGGGACGACACUGGAAGCAACAGGUCGGACCUGAGAUGGAUUGGAGUGACCGCCGCCUCUCGACACCAGCUCGUCAGAGCAAAAUCCACUGCGGGGAAAUGGCAUUUAUUGGGGAGGAUUGA